AUGUUAUCUUACACAGGGGAGUUUGCGAUACAGGCGUGUUUCAGUAGAAGAUUCGGAGCUGAGGUCUCAUCUGAUGAAUUUGGAGUACAGAUCCUGGUCCAUGCAUCAGAACCUGACAGUGAUAAAGUCAUUGUUCGCAUAAACAACACUGAAGUCAUGCAUGCCGGACAAGCAUUCCAUCAUGGACGACAUCCUAUCCACUUCCAUAUGAACGGAGACAUGUCAAAGUCAUAUGUUCGAGGCUCAGCAAUUCACAGUACAUAUAAUCGGGCUUUAAACAUUCGUGCUACAAACAAUUUACAAAUAGAGAAAAACAUUAUUUAUGAUGUGACGGGUGGAGGGAUUGUCCUCGAGGAUGGCAUGGAGACUGGAAACAUCAUACAAAAUAAUCUGGCAUUAUCCGUCAAAGCUUCGUCUCGUCUGCUAAAUGAGGAUAUCACACCAGCAGCCUAUUUUAUCUCAAAUCUGGAUAACAUUAUACAGCACAACACGGCAGCAGGGGGAGACAACUUUGGGUUCUGGUAUAAGAUGCAUGAAAAAACUGAUGAGGCAGUGACUGAAAUGGAUGUAAAACCGAGUAAUAUCCCAUUAAGGAAAUUCUAUGGCAAUAUUGCUCACUCCAUGGGAGGAUAUGGACUUAGGGUUCUUCAUGACACUCCAAGUGAGAAAGUCACUCAUGAUGGUGCCAAUUCAGUGGCAUAUUUUGAGAAUUUCACAGCAUAUUUGUGCAAAAAGGCUGCAGAAUUUACUUAUAUUGGCAAAUUUUGCCUAAAAAAUUUGCAUUCUCUACAUAAUGAGUUAGCAGCAACAGAAAUAACGAUUAUGUCAAAUAAUCACGGCAUUGUAUCUCAAGAUAUUAAAGAUGGCGUGUAUGUAGCAUAUGAUUCCACGCUCCCUUUACACCCUAAAUGGGAUGCUGGGGAUGGCUCGGCUGUAAUUACAACUUAUGGAGUUGUCUUUCCGUAUGGAAAAGGUGGAAUGAUUGACGGAGUUACGUUUGUUAACUACGACACCCUUGGCUCAAGUGCUAUCACAUUCACCAGUACAGACAACACCUGUAACAAUGGCGGGUACAGUCAUAAGGUGAUGGAUGUCACUUUUGAUAACACUGAACAGCGCAUUCUGUUUCCGUCUGACCUUGCUGGUGUAAUCGAAGAGGAUGGAAGUCUAACUGAUAGUCAGGAAGCUGGCAAACUUGUCGUUUGUAGUCCACCAUUCCUCAGCGUCUGCACCAAAGAUUUUUCCUCCAAUGAGCUGUUCAACUACGGUGAUACAGAAGUGUGUCUCUGUCCUGUAGAUACAAAGUUUUAUCGGAUUAUACUGAAUGAUUUUAGUCCCUCGACGAACAAGGCGAAACAUCUUAAAGCGACGUAUCUGGGACGAUCUUCUUAUAGUCCCUAUACGACUAAAUGCCUCGGACAUAAACCAGGGUGGGCCAUGAUAGUAAUGGAGAGCUCUGACGGAAUUCUUCUGGAACUUAACGAAACGGAGCACAUGAACAACAUUAGUUAUUCUGGAAUGGUUUAUGACUUCAAUCAGGGUCAUGAUACAGUCAACUACCUGAUUCUGUGUCACAACAUGAGGGCCAGGCCAGACAAGUAUUUAUACAAUGGAGAAACAGAAAGGGAGGAGUCACUGUCGGCCUUGACAGCAUCAGACAAGGACGGCACCUGGCACUAUGACGAAGACACCAAGAGGCUUUGUUAUAUAGUUUCGUCUUUACGUGAUGAGACUGUGAAAACCUCCUCGAUUGUGUACUCUGACGAUCACCCAAUCGUGAUGAACACAUUCAAGUGUGUAUAUGAUGGGUGUGUACCACCAGACAAGAGGAACAUCCCUCCCAGCUGUGAGCCGGACAGUACACACGUACUGAAAACUUGGGAACAGUUCUGUAAUGAGUUAACAGAGAAGAAGUGUGGCGAAGGUGCUGAUGUCGAGAUCAAAGCGGGUAUCUGGGUUACCAUGGGAACAACAUCUACAGCACGACUGAACAAGCUGAUUAUUAGAGGAACAUUAAAUGUACUUAAUAAAGCUGACGUAGAAGUCACUAUCAAAGCAACAUAUAUUGUCAUCAUUGGCGGCCAUCUUAUAAUCGGAUGUGAUGACCCUUUUGUUGGCAAGGCAACCCUCAUGUUACUCGGCAGUCACAGAACGCCUGAUUUUACUGACUACAGCGACAGUGGUGUUGAUGUUCCUAUCGGCGCAAAAGUCUUAGCCUCAUUUGGAGGGCUGACCCUUAAUGGCACCGGGCCUAAAAUCCCCUGGACUACCCUAGGAAAAUCAGCAGCUGUUGGGGACACAUACGUAACCAUGGUAACCACAGUAACAGACUGGCAUGUUAACGAUGAAGUUCUGAUCACGGCCACCGGGUACAAUCCCAAGGAGGCAGAGAAACGACGCAUAAAAUCUGUGAUAAACGAUGGGGCGACAACAGUCCUGGAACUAGACUCAGCGCUGAGUUACAGUCACACAGUUGGGGCAGAAAAUUUUAAUGGAACCUCCUACUCAAUCGCAGCGGAAAUCGGGGAUCUUACACGAAAUAUAAAGAUCAUCAGUGAGGACUAUGAUGAUUUAAUCAAGGAGUCGUUUGGAGCGAGAGUUCUAGUAGCUACCUGGGAGGAGAAAGACUCCGGAGAGGUUUGGCAAGGAUAUGCUCGUCUUCAGAAUACAGAGUUUUACCACACCGGACAAGAAGGCUGGACGAAAUCCUAUGACCCUCGAUUUUCUAUUACUUAUAAAGACACAGGCCCAGCUGGUGUGCCUUCCUCUCCCAGCUCUGUCAAGUACUGUGUGUUCCAUGAUGGAUUUAGCACUGCUGUGGGGAUUUUUGGAGCUCCUGAUUUUCUGUUUGAAUACAACAUUAUAUACCACACUGUUGGAACAGCUAUACAAACGCAAUCGUCCAAUACAAUGCUGUAUCAUAACCUCCUGAGUUUGAUGCUGUGGAGAGGGACUUAUGGUAACCGUUACGACACAAAACUCUCCGACUACACUGGAUCUAUCGAGAGCUUCACAGAAAUGGACUUGGUCAUGGUUGGGAACCAUGUUUCAUCCUCACAGAGAACGUGUUUAAAUGUCUUUCCACAUCCGUGUGACAGUGACGUCAUCCCGUGGAGAGACAACGUGGUCCAUACAUGUCUGAUAGGUGUGGCCCUCUUCCCAUCAAAUGAUGGACAACCCACUGGUGUGGACUGUGUCAGAUACACUGGAAUCACUUCCUAUAAGAACUGGGAUUUUGGAAUGUUCUAUGUUGGUGCUGCUAGUGUGGAGUUUGAUGGCAUGACACUACUGGACAAUGGGGUUGGAAUCUGGGGCUUAGUCCAUUCUCCCAAUGCUCUAUCACAUGAAUUGGUCGACAAGUACCUGAUGGUCAACAAUAGUUUGAUAGUGUUGAGGUCACAGAAUUUUGACUGUAGAAAUGAUGUGAUUGAUGAGACUGACUACAGCUAUAAACUAAGUAGAAAUGUCGGUCGAUCAUUCCGGAUAGAAGGUACGGGAUAUGUUGGGGUAACUACGGGAUCAUUCUCGAGCUCACACAACGAAGGUCCGGUCCUGCCCCUACUCGACAGUACAUCGUACAACGCUAUUGGUGGACGAACGGAGAUCAAAGGUACAACUUUUGCCAAUCUGAACAAAUGUCCAAAUUCCAAGGAUCGGGCCAUAUCAACAAGUCCUAACACAGAUGAUCUGAUUCACCCUACGUUUGUACAAGGAGUCCGGGUAGUUCCUGAACAUCGCAGUAAUGGAGAUCAUCUACUCUACUUUCACAAACCAAGGUUGGAACAAAUGAACCCUUCCAGCUGUGUGGACAUGGAGUGUGACGGCCAUAAGAAAGUCAUGAUACAUGACAGAGAUGGAAGUCUCCUGGGACAGAGUGGGACUGUCCUGUCCAUGUCGGAGUGGAUGUAUGGCCAGGAUCUAAAGCGAGGCUCUGGUGACCAUAGAAUACCUAAACCAAUGCUACAGGAUACCUACACCGGCAAUAUUCUUGAUCCCAGAGAACUGGCUACAGAAAGAGGAAUCGUUAGAGACCCAAGUUGUACAGUGAAUGCAGCAUGGCAGGCUCACCUGUGUACACAUUACACUUAUAAGAUGGUAAUUAUCGAGAGCAUGGACUCGGACACAGAGACCCGUCGCAUCUCACCAAUUGCUCUCUUGGGAGAAUCUGACACCAAGGUUGGCUACCUUGACCUCAUUAAUGGUCCAAAAGAUCAUGGACAUUGCUAUGGAAAUAUGUGUCAAAAACGCAUCUCAACAUUUGCGAUUGUUGUAGCAACUGAUGUAUCUUACAAAUUAUUCUUCACAAGCACCCCUCCACAAUGGCUGCGUCUCAGCAUGCUUCAUUCAGAAAUAUCUCACAAGUUCAAGAUUGCUAUUUACUACGUCAAAGCUAACAGAAUCGACGUUUUUGCCUUUGGUGAAUACAAAGCGCCUAAGAACAGUUACUACGAGGAAGAUGAAAUAAUGUAUUAUAUGGAUACCUCCACCAACAAAAAUAAGUAUAUCCCUACAGUUAGUGAUGAUUGCGGGGCCAAUUUCUAUGAAACGAGCGCCAAACUUCUUCAUCUGAUUGUGUGUGGUGAUGGACAUAUCGAUAUUAAAUCUCCAAGGCUGUUUUUGUCCACAUGUCACUCCCAACAGUAUUGUCUGAGGACCUGGAAUUAGCAGAUAUACUAAAACAAUUGGCCCAGUAUGUGGGGGUAGCAGAGGGUAGGGUGAAGGUCAGAGAAGCCAUCACAGAGACUUUGUCUCGUCAUAAGAGGUCGGCCGGAACC